AUGGGGUAUCAAAUUAAAAACUCUUUUGAUACCAAACUCUUUAAUACAGAUAAUAAUAAAAUUUUUAAAGAUAAAAAGUUUUAUUGUUUUUCUCUUGUAAAAUGCCCCAAAGAAAAAUCAAUUAAAGAAGAUAUAAUGAAAUUAAUUGAAAUUCAUGGUGGUACUGUACAAUACUGUGUUCAAAAGUUUUCAACAGACUAUAUCAUUCUUUGUAAUAGCAAAACACAUUAUGAUAAAAAUGAUUCAUACUAUGCAUACCAACCAAAUUUAUUUUCAAACUAUGAAAAAUAUAAAAGUUAUAAUAUAAAUAUAUUGUCGUAUGAUUUUUUGGUUGCCUCCAUAGAAAGAAAUGAAAUCAUUGACGAUUUAGGUAGUUACUUAUUAUACGAUAUGAAAGAAGUAGAUAAUGUUUUAGAACUUUCUUUUGAUCAUCCUGAUACUGAAGAUUUAGAUAAUCCUUUUUAUGAUUUCCAUUAUGGGUAUGAUGACAAUAAUGGUACAAGUGAAUCAAAAGUGAAUUAUGGAGAAGAAGAAAACGAAAAUGAUAAAGAAAGAGAAGAAGAAGAAGAAGAAAAGGAUAAUAUGUAUGAUUUAUUUGAUUUUAGUGAAAAAUUAAUAUCACAAGAAGAAUCAAAUCAAGAAGGAAUGUUUGAUUUAUUUGAUUUUGGGGACAAUGAAGAAAAGCAAAUAGAAAAAAAGAAAGAAACUGAAGAAGAUGGAGAAAUGUGUGAUCUUUUUAAUUUUAAUGAAGAUGAACUCAGUCAUAAUAAACCAAAAUUAACAGAAAAGAAUAAUUUAUACAAUCAAUACACUUGGGGUUUUUUAUUUCAGUUUUCAAAUUUGGGUAUUAAAGCAUAUGAUCAAUUACCACAGGAAUUAAAAAAUAGAGAAAUUAAAGGUUUUUGUCAAAAUCCAAAAGGAUUUACAGCCAUUACCACAAAAUCUCAAGAAUUAUUCUGCUAUGAAAAAACAAUGAAGGUUAAAAAAAUUCAACAUUCACAAUGCAAAGAGGUCUCUUUAGGCCAAGACCAUACAUUGAUUUUAACAAGACAGAUUGCCUAUGACGUACCUUAUACCUAUUUAUUUUCUACCGGUACAAAUCAUUUUGGUCAAUUGGGAAUAGGUAAAGAUAGCGAGCCAAGUGGCGAAGAAUCUGGUCUCAAAGGAGACCCAAGUAUAAACUUCUACGAGGUACCAAAGUAUCUUUUAAAAGGCUUCCAAAUUGAUAUGAUAUCAUGUGGCAAAAACUUUUCAAUUUUAUUAGAUAAUCAAUCAAAUCUUUUUUCAUUUGGUCAAAAUGAUUAUGGUCAAUUGGGUCUUGGUCAUUGUGAUAAAACCAAUGGCAUUUGUAAAAUAGAAAAGCCAAAGGGUCUUGACAGAGUUUGUUAUAUUUCAUCAGGCGAAAACCAUACUGUAGUAAUUGCACCAGAUACAAAGCAAAACAAUGAUUAUUAUUGGGGCUGGGGUAGUAAUUCUCAAGGUCAAUUGGAAAAUAAAUUUUCAAAUAAACCACACCAAUUCCAGUUUUAUAAUGAAAAUAGUUAUUCAAGUAAAUUAUUUUGUUAUCAAGACUCAACAGUUAUAAUCAGCAUAGAUAAUCAAAUUAAAAUAUUUGGUACCAGAAAUGAAUUAGAAAAUAAACUAAAAAUGUAUUUUUACUCAAAUCAACAGUAUCAAUUAAUUAGAUUCAGAAACUCAAUUGGUUUGAAUGUAUUGGAUGCAUAUUCUCAAGUUAGAUUUUAUUUACACUCUCAUAACUAUUCUAGUGAAGAACACUACAAAAUAAUAUCAAAAAUUAUCAAGACUUCAAUUACAAAUAGUGAUGCCAUUAAAUUAGUUGCAGAUUGCUUUUUAACUUCAAAUAUUUUAGUUUACCAACUAUUAGAAUCAAAAUUCCCUGGAAGACUAAUCCAUAAAGAUACCAAACGAACUCCAUACCAUAUUGCAGCAGAAUAUUGUACAGCAAAAGAAUCAAUAAGAAUAUUAGAAUUUUUAAAUUCAUUUAAAGGUUACUCAAUUGAUUCUCCUGAUUUUGAACUUAAUACACCAAUUCAUUUAUCAGUUUUACAUGUAAAUUUUCUUGUAACAGAAUUUUUAUUAUUACAAGGUUGCAAUAGAAACCCAAAGAAUAAAGUUGGUGAAACACCACUUCAUGUCUCGGUCAAAACAGGUACAAACAUUUCAAUGUCAUCAUUGCUUUGUAGAAAUGGUGCUCAGUCAAUUCCAGAUAGAGUCAUGAAAACACCGCUACAAUAUUGUACAAAUAUGGAAGAAAAGCAAAAUCUUCAAAAUAUCAUCUUCACCAAUCAAGUUUUUAUCUCUUACGCUCACAAGGAUUCAGUAUUUGUAAAUAACCUUAGAAGUAUUUUUGGUUUAUCAUCCCUUCGUUGCUGGUUAGAUGAAUAUCGUUUACAAGCAGGUUGCAAUUGGAGAGCCGAAAUUACUAGAGGUGUUGAAAACUCCCAAGUUAUCGUAUUUGUUGUUUCAGAAACUUCAGUUCAAAGUCUUUGGUGUAGAAAAGAAUUAAAAAUGUCAAAAAGCCUUGGUAAAACUAUUAUACCUUUAUUUUUGCAACCAAAUGUUUAUAUUGAUCCAUCACUAUAUGGUCUCUUUACCAUAAUCCCAAAGCAAACAAAAGAAUCCUAUCAAGAUAUGAAAGAAGAGGAAGUUUUAUCAAAUGUUAAAACAUUAUCCCGUUUAAUCAAUUCUUUGUUAAAAAAUGGUUUAGGAGGUCGUUUGAAUGAAUCAUCAUCAAAAUCAUUAGUAGAAAAAUAUAACAUUGAAAAAACAAUUUACUUUACAUUUAACCAAGCAGAUCGUAUUUUAGCAGAUUAUGUCAAAGAAACCCUUAUCGAAAAGAAUCAUUUACCCUUAGUUUCAAAUGAUGAAAUCAAUGGCAAAUUAGAUGAAAAUCAAGAUCCAUUCAGUUAUGUUAAUAUAUUAAAAGAAAAAAAGAAAACAAUCAAAAUUAGAAAUUUAAAACUUGAUCAUAAUAAACAAAUCAAAGAUUUACAAGAUUACCACUCAAAGAAACUGUGGAAGCUUUCAAGAAAAAUAGAUAAAAAAUUGGAAAAACUAGGUUUUUAUGAUAAAUCAUCAAUAGAUUAUGAAAUCACAAAAAAACAUUUAGAAUCAGAAUUUAAUAUUAAACAAAUUAAAUUAGAUCAACAAUUAGAAUUAAAUAAUUUAAAAAAAAACCAUCUAUGUCAAUUAAAUAAGAAAUUUGGUGUAGAUAUUGAAAAUGAAUUAAAAGAAUUAAAUAUUAAAGAAGAAAAUAAUAAUAAUAGUGAUUAUAAUAAUAAUAAUAAUGAUAAUAAUAAUGGAUAUAACUAUUAUAGUAGUUAUAACAAUAAUGAUAAUAAUAGCAAUAGCAAUAAUAAUAUUAGUAACUAUGACAACUAUUUUAGCAAUAAUAUUGAAAAUGAUAUCCCAGUUUUAAAUAACUAUAAUUUUUCAAACGAUAAUAAUAAUAAUAGCAGUAGUUACAAUUAUAAUUAUAGUUUUGGUGAUAUAGACUACAGCAGCAAUAACAUAGAUAAUAAUGAUAGCGAUAAUAGUGACAUUGGUGACAAUAAUGAUAAUUAUAAUAUAGAUAUUAGUUUUAAUAUUAAAGAAAGCAAUUUGGAAUAUUUAAAGAAAUGUUUAUUACAUUUAGUGUUAUUUACUAAAAAAACAACAUCAACCGAAAUCGAAAAUUAUAUUGAAGAAAUUAAAUAUACAUCAUCGCUAAAGAAAACAAUUGUCGUUAUAUCCCCAGAUAUUUCUCUCCAAGAUGAUGAAUCAACUCCAUCAUUAUUAAAAAAUUUAACUUGGUAUGAACUUGACAUUAAAAAUGUCGAUCAAAUGUUUGGUAAUAUCAUUUUAGUUUAUGAUAUUAUUGAAAAAACCAAUCAAAUUAAUAACCAAAUUAAAAAUUUCCAAAAUAAAUAA